AUCUCCUCCAGUGAUCCCGCCCCCUCCUCGCCCUCAGUGUGAAUCUGGGAGAGUCUUAGCCGAGACGAGCUAAUGUCUCUACGAAUGGAUUUAUGUGGGUUUUUUGGUUAAAUUUGAACAGACUACAGAAACAUAGUUAAGAUAAGAAUAUAUUUUGGUGUUUUUACGGUUGGAUUUUCAUCAGCCCGAAUACUUCCAGCCUGUCUUCGACCCUCAGGAGGGUUUAGUUUGUCUGGUCGAUCGUAAUGUGGCUCAGGGGCUAAUCCUUGGACUUCAUUCAAUACUAAUUCAUCUCGAGGCGCUUCGUCUGGGCGAGCCGAACUGAUUUAACAACCGCUCACAAGAAUGACAGAAUACAAGCUGGUAGUCGUCGGGGCUGGUGGCGUUGGGAAAAGUGCUCUGACCAUCCAGCUCAUUCAGAAUCACUUUGUAGACGAGUACGACCCCACAAUUGAGGAUUCUUACAGAAAGCAGGUUGUGAUUGACGGAGAGACGUGUUUGCUGGACAUCCUGGACACCGCAGGUCAGGAGGAGUACAGUGCUAUGAGAGAUCAGUAUAUGAGGACAGGAGAGGGCUUUCUGUGUGUGUUUGCCAUCAACAACGCCAAGUCCUUUGAGGACGUACAUCUUUACAGGGAGCAAAUAAACCGUGUCAAAGACAGCGACAAUGUCCCGAUGGUGCUGGUGGGGAACAAAAGUGACCUGGCCUCUCGUACUGUAGAGACGCGUCAAGCCCAAGAGCUCGCCAGAAGUUACGGCGUCCCAUUUGUCGAAACAUCUGCCAAGACACGACAGGGAGUUGAGGAGGCAUUUUACUCUCUCGUGCGGGAGAUCCGAAGAUACAAGGAGACGAACCGCAGCAAUAAGAAGAGCAAAAAGCACACACAGAGACGCUGCACUCUUUUAUAGCGCUACACGCGUACAGCCUCGCACUGCACCCCCGUGAUCGCAAUGCACUCAAGGCCACACACACACACACACACACACACACACACACACACACUACUGUAGCAUUACACAUACAUACACACCCCAUUUCCUUUUCUUACCACUCUUACGCCACCAGCCUUUGAGGAAUAGGAACCUGACUGGCUGUUGUAUGUGUUUGUAUGAAUGUGUGCAUGAGACCUCAGUGAGAAUCGAGCAACUGUGGAAUUGCUUUGGAAAAGACAUAUGUCCAAAUUCGUCUAGUCUCAAGUGGACUUUUUCAACUUUGAGCUGCUGCUGCCCCUUCUGUGCUAAAAAGACCCAAUGUGUGUCAUAGUUUUACAGUCGUAUUUUAGAGUGACAGCAGCAAGGAAUCUUGUUUAUAAUAAAUUCAUCAGGUGGUGAAGGGAUAUACUUUAUGUCGGUAAUGGGUAACUGUUUUUAAGUAAGCUGGAUUGUGUCUCAUCUCUUCAAAACUUUGUGAGCCAGUCAGCACAUCCGUGUGGUUCUGUUAACGGUGGUCGGGAAAGAGGAAGCUCAGAAGUCCCCUAAAGUUUUUGUGGCCCGUGAGAAAGCACAUUAGAGCCACUAAUAUAACGUUUCGUACACCUUAAGACGUGUUUCCACCUCAUGCAUUGUGGGAUAAAUUCCGAAAAUAUUUUUAGCACUUGCUUCCUUUAUCAAAUAGGGUUUCUGUAGUUGUCGCCCUGUUUUUCUUUCCAGGUCACUAUUGUUGUCAUGGCUUGGACUAAAACUUAGCUGUCCUACACCUAAUAUAGCCCUUCUAUAAUUAUGAGAUUCAGAAAAAAAAUCAAGCUUUAUUUUUCCCAGCAGUAUUUUAUGGUAAAAUCCUGUAUUUUUGUAACCGUUAAUAUUGAACAAUUUCAGGACACAUAGCAGCAUUGUAUUGGACAUUAACAUUUCAUGUAUUAUGAUGAAUUGUGUAAAAUGCCAGUUGUUCCCACCUGUGAUGAGGCUUGCUUGGGAGGGCGAGACAUUGUUUAUUUUAUUUUUUUAAGGUUGACAGGAGAGAAAGUGAUAGUUUUGGUUCAGGCUAAACAUGUGAUUGAUGCAUUGCCUUUGCCACAUUGAUAACUGUAGUUAUAUGUUUUGUGAAUAAAGAGACUUUUGGCUA